CAAAUGGAUCUCUACCCAGACCCAGUCGACGGAUUCCUGGAGCGCUACCUCGUCCUCCUCGACGAGUACACGGAUCUACGAGAGAAGCUCAUCCGCCUACAGGCCUCCACCCUCCAGCAUCUUGCCCGCGCAAACUUUACAGCCGAGCGCGGCGCGCGGUAUGGUGCGGACUCUUAUGAUGAGCGUAUGCAGGCUGGCAGGACUGUUGUGAUCCAUGAGACCGAGGCCGGCGUUGCGUUUCGCGUGGUGGCCGCCGGUGGUGACGAUGCUGGCGCCGCCGAAGAGCCUGGAACCAGCAAGGGUGAGGAGGCCACGCACGAGAACGACGAGGGCAAGAAGAAGAAAGUGCCGGCCGACCCGAUACGCUGGUUCGGCGUCCUUACGCCCCCCGCUCUACGACAGGCACAGUCCUGCGCGGUCGACACCGUCGAGCACAUUAUCCCUCGGCUGGUCACUGUGGAUAGGGCGAUGCGAGAGGUGGAGAUUGAAGUGCGGCGGGCGAGAAAGAGGAGGGCCAAGGCGGAAGCUGCUGUUUCUAAGGAUUUGGGGCGGGAGCAGAACCCUGUCACUCGUGCAAAGGCUGCGGCUUCGUGA